AUGAGUACUGACUGGGAAAGUGAUGAAGCUGAUCCAUUACAGACUGAUGAGGAUUCAGACUAUGUUCCUGACAUAGAAGUAGAAGAAGUUGAAGUAGUAGUACCAGACGAUGAACAUGAAAAUGAAUAUAUAUAUGUCACUCCGACAAAAACUAGACAAAGAAAACGGCGCCCGAAAGAGUGGAAAGCUAACAGUGCUAAAAGAUUGCGGACAGAAGGAAAGGAGUAUAUUGGAAGGAAAAAUAGGGUACAGAAAGCAAAAGAACUAAAAGAAUAUCCUCACGUUUGUAGAUAUCAGUGCAAUGACAAUAUUAGUGAGGCCCAAAGGCAAGAGCUGUUUAGAAAUUUUUAUGAACUUCCUUCCUACGACCUGCAAACUGCUUUUUUAUCUUCCUGCAUUAAAAAAAUUCCACCUAAAAGACAUACAGUCGCAGCUGUUGCAAAUAAAAGCUAUAGCACUGUUAUAACCUUAGUGGGAAAUCGAGUUUGUAAACAAUUUUUUUUACGCACUUUUAACAUUUCUGUGCGACGAUUUCAAACUGUUUGCAAAAAAACUACAGAUCUUAACAUGACCGAACCUGACAAGCGUGGCAAAAAGGAACCUCCAAAUAAAAUAAAGGAAUCAUCCAAAAAUUUCGUCAUUUCCCACAUAAAUAUGUUCCCGAAAUAUAGUAGCCACUAUUCUAGAAAAGACAAUCUAAACGCAAAGUAUAUCUCAGGCGAAUUGAGUAUCAGUAAGAUGUACAAAUUAUAUGAGGAGUUUUGCAUUGAAAAACAAGAGUUACCAGUAAAAGAGUCCUAUUAUAGGUUUAUUUUCAAUACGGAAUUUAAUUUAAGGUUUCACAAGCCUUAUAAUGACACUUGCAGUCGUUGUGACAAUUUACAAAAUCUAGUAAAGCACUCCACAAAUGAAGACGAGAUUACAAAUACCAAGCGAGACCUCGAGCUACACCAAAGGAAAGCCAAGAAAGCAACAGACGCCAAGAAAGCUGAUAUUGCUGAAAACAAAAACUCCAAAAAUACUGCUGUAAUUUGUUUUGAUUUGCAACAGGCAUUGCCAACGCCGCUGUUAACAACUUCUAAAGUCUUCUACCUCCGUCAACUAUGGACAUAUAAUUUCUGUGUCUUUGACUUACUGGCUGGAAAAAGUCAUAUGUUUAUAUGGAACGAAACUGUUGCAUCCAGGGGUUCGCAGGAGAUAGGCUCAUGCCUAAUAAAAUUUAUUCGAAGUCUUCCAUCAACAGUAACAAAGAUUGUUGCAUACAGUGAUUCGUGUGGGGGACAGAAUAAGAACAUUUCUAAACUAUUUUCUUUUAUUGUUCAAGCCACAAAUAUAACUGAGAUUCACCACAAGUUCCUUGAACCCGGUCACACCUAUAUGGAGUGUGACCGUAGUUUUGGCUUAAUUGAGAAAAAAAAAAGGCAAAUUCCUCAAGUUUUUAUCCCAGCAGAUUGGGAGACUGUAAUAAGAGGCACAUCUGCCAAAUUUGUUGUAUAUGAAAUGAACAAAGACGAUUUUUUUUCUUUUUCGCCCUUUAAUGAAAUAAUGAAAGAUCCUAAAAAAGAUAGUGACGGUCACCCCUUAAAAUGA